CAGCUGCUGUGCUUGCUCAACCAGUGUUUCCUGUCUUCCUCCACUAGCCUCCCCAAAAUGUCGUCUGUCAGAAUAACCCAAAAGUCCUACAGGAGCAGCACCUCUGCUCCCCCUCGCACCUUCAGCAGCCGUUCCUACACGUCUGGCCCCGUGGGCAGCACCAGGGUGAGCUCGUCCUACUCCAGCUAUAGUGGGAGCAGGUAUGGAGGAGGCAGCAUGCGGGGACCAUCGAUGGGCUACGGACUCGGCGCCGGGGGUGGCAUCACCGCCGUCAGCGUCAACCAGAACCUGUUGGCACCCCUAAACCUGGAGAUCGACCCCAACCUCCAGCACGUGCGGACGCAGGAGAAGGAGCAGAUCAAGACCCUCAACAACAAAUUCGCCUCCUUCAUCGACAAGGUCCGCUUCCUGGAGCAGCAGAACAAGAUGCUGGAGACCAAGUGGGGCCUGCUGCAGGGCCAGAAGACCACCCGCAGCAACAUGAACAGCAUGUUUGAGGCCUACAUCAACAACCUGCGCAGGCAGCUGGAUGGCCUGGGCCAGGAGAAGCUCAAGCUGGAGGCUGAGCUGGGUAACAUGCAGGGCCUGGUGGAGGACUUCAAAAACAAGUACGAGGAUGAAAUCAAUCAUCGCACUGAGAAGGAGAAUGAAUUUGUCCUGCUUAAGAAGGAUGUGGACGAGGCUUACAUGAACAAGGUGGAGCUGGAGUCCCGGCUGGAAAGCCUGACUGACGAGAUCAACUUCCUGAGGCAGCUAUAUGACGAGGAGCUGCGUGAGCUGCAGUCCCAGGUCUCUGACACCUCUGUGAUCCUGACCAUUGAUAACAACCGCAAGCUGGACCUGGACAGCAUCAUCGCGGACGUUAGAGCGCAGUACGAGGAGAUGGCCAACAGGAGCCGGGUGGAGGCUGAGAACGUAUAUAAGACCAAGUACGAGGAGGUCCAGGCGGUGGCGGGCAAGCACGGGGACGACCUCCGUAACACCAAGACUGAGAUCAACGAGCUCAACAGAAUGAUCCACCGGCUGCAGUCAGAGAUUGAUGCCCUGAAAGGCCAGCGUGCCAGCUUGGAAGCAGCCAUUACUGAGGCCGAGGAGCGCGGUGAGAUGGCCGUCAAAGAUGCCAGUGCCAAGCUGGCUGAGCUGGAGGCUGCCCUGCAGAGAGCCAAGCAGGAUAUGGCCCGCCAGCUGCGGGAGUACCAGGAGCUGAUGAAUGUCAAGCUGGCCCUGGAUAUCGAGAUCGCCACCUACAGGAAGCUGCUGGAAGGAGAGGAGAGCAGGCUGGAGUCUGGGAUGCAAAACAUGAGCAUUCAGACCAAGACGACCGGCUAUUCAGGUGGGCUUGGCAGUGCAUAUGGUGGUUACGGGGGAGGAUACAGCAGCUCAUACUCGAGUGGCAGCUAUUCCCUGAAUUCCCCCAUACUGGAGAGCUCGCCUCUCACCAGGUCAAAGGCCGUCGUGAUCAAGAAAAUUGAGACCAGGGAUGGGAAACUGGUGUCUGAGACCUCAGACGUCCUGUCCAACUGAGCAGCCACCGGAUGAGCCUCCACAGCUUAAAAGUGCCUUUAAGAGAUGAGUCUUUCCUGAUCAGCUGGGCCGCUACGACUCUGGGGGAGACUGGGGCAAGGGCUGGAACCCAGAAUCCCCCACCCCGAACCCAGCAGCGUUUGCAAAUUCUCUUGUGAUAAUCGAUGAGUCAUCUGAUGCCCCAGAUGCUCCCCCUACCUGUCCCUCUCCUCCUUCAGGCAUGGGGGGAGGAAGUGUUGAGAAUCCACCUAUUAGAGUCCAGAUGGCCAGGUUUCCAUCCCUUAGUCCUUUCUCUUUCCCUUGCUGCUCCAUUCAGCGCUGUCUCAGCUUGGAAGCCUGACUCAGGCCUGGACCAAGCAUUUCAACUGGUGUCGCCCACAGCUGUUGAGCUGCCUUCUCACAGAUGCAGAGAGUUAUAAAUGCGCCCCGUGGCAUGGCCCUCAUGUGGUGCUGCCAGAAUGCCAACAACAUGGCAUCAUGACGUCCCUCUCUGCCCCGAGAUUAGAGCCAAGGGGAAUUGGUCUGGGUCCCAACACCCCAGGCUCUGAGGUUGUUGGAAAAUGGGGUCUUGAUUGUUACAAACGUCCUCAAUCUCUUUUAUGGCAGUGGGUCCCAAACUAUGGGGUGUGCCCCCCCCAGGGGGGUGCAGAGAAAUAUUUGGGGGGUGGUGUAGCAAGGCCUGAGCCCACCCCAACCCCCACAAGGGGUGGGGAGGAAGCGCCACCCAGCCCCUUUCUACCCCAGCUCCAUUCUGGCCCUGCCCCCAGCUGCAUUUCUGACCUUGGCCCGUGACCGUGGCCCCACUCCUGGCCACAGCCCCCAACCGCAGCCUUGCUGCAAACCAAGUAAGGGGGGCGGAGGUGUGCCAAAAAAGUUCAGGGACCGGUGUCAUAUGGCCACAUGAUGCCAGGACCUUAACUGUCAGUCCACUGCUUUGUGACUCUCUUCAUUGCCAUGACAUGAGACCUCUGGGUGGCUGGGAGGGAGGAAAAGGGUGUUUUCUCCCUCCCAAUUAUCUGGGGGAGGUGAUGGGUGGGGGAAGUUUCCAGUUCUGUUCCCACUGGGUCAGCAAUCAAGGCUCCUCCCCAGCUUGGGCAUGUCCGGUUCAAUGCUUUGUCAGCACAACUGUGAGCAAAAUCUUUGAUGGUGGAACUAAAGCACUGAGGCCAACUCUGUGAAAUGUGUGAUUCUUCCUUUCUCUCCCAGCCCCUCCACCUCCUUGCGAGCAGGGUGUGGGUGUGACUGUAAGCGACAUUAUCUCUCUUUCCUCCUUCUGCAGUACAAUGUUCAGUUGAUAGAGAUUGAAGCUGUGUUGGCUUUUUCUUCUCUCAUUCCCCUCCCCACGGAGGGCCGUACUUUCUCCAUUUUCUCAAUAAAGCUGUUACUGAUA